GUCCGACAGGCUCAGUCGACGAGCAAUUGUCCGCGCGAGCAGAUCUGUGUCGGCGCAGCGCGACGCCUUUCUCGCCCCUGAAGCAGCGCCAGGUGUGCCAGGCGGCGGCCGAAUCGUCCGCCGGCCGCUCGUCCCGAGUGCCGACCCCGCCCGGACAGGCGCAGCCACCGUCCCGUCCGAGCUGAGCGCGCUAAAGUGUCCGGCAGCAGCCACCAGGAUACACGGUGCUAGCUCUCUUUCUCUCUCACUGUCGCUCGCUCACUCAGUCAGCCGCCGAAACCAGUGUGCAGUGCCGUGUCACGUGUGUCUGUCCAGUGGGAAUGUGCCCGUCCGACGCCGCCACCGCAGCCGCGUCCAGCCGUCUCAGCCCCAGCGUGCGACGCCCCAGCAUUUUCGUGACUGUGCCAAUGGAGUGCUGCUGAUGCUAUGCGGCUGGAGGACGGCCUGCACAGGUAGCCAGAGCAGCAGCAGCAGUGGCGGAGCGAUGCCUUGCUCCUGGCGGGCCAUGCUGAAGAAGAACGUGGGCCGAGCCGCCAUCGAGAGCAACCGUCGUCACCGCGAGCCGAGGAAGGCUUCAGCAACAGCAGCAGAAUCAGAAGAAGAAACGCCCGAGACGAGGGGCGUGGUUGCGUCGGCAGCAGCUCGGUGUCGCUGGGCGCAUUGAGCCGCGAGCUGGUGCGAAGAAGAUCCAUGGCCCUGCAUGGAAACGCGUCCGCCGCACGUCCGUCGCUAGCCGCAGCAGCAGCCGCCCCGUCGUCGCUACCUCAAGUGCACCGCGUCGUCGGCGGAGGAGGCCUGCGCACGCAGCAGCAGCUUCAGCAGCAGCAGCCGCUGCUCCCGAGGCGCAGCAGCCCGCAGGAGGCGGUCAGCCUCGCGCAGCCGCGUCCAGACGGCGAGCGGGUCGCCAACGAUUAUGUGGAGGCGCCGCUGCGCAGCGACUCGGCACCUCCCCGCCCCCCUAGUCGAGCCGGGCAUGCGCAGUCAACGGGACCGCGCCAACCCGCGCGCCUGCCCCUGCCGACGGCGGCCAAGCGGCCGCCGCCUCAGCAGGUGGUCACCAAGCAGCCGCGCAAGAAGUCUUCCGCGGAGGCCGCCGCCGAGUGCGUGUCGGCCUCGGCCGGCGGCGUCGACGGCGACAAGCCAGGCAUCUGCCCCGAGUGCGGCGAGUGCAAGUGCAACGCGUGCCGUAGCCCCAGAGCGCUGCCCGAGCGCUGGCUGUGUAACAAUAACGUGUACUGCUCGCCGGCGGCCUUGGUGGACUACUGCAGUUGCCUCUGUUGUGCCAAGGCUUUCUUUUACCACUGCUCCAAAGACUACGAGCGCGACGACGGUAGCGCGCCGUGCGCGGACGAGCCGUGCUCGUGCGCAGCGCCGCGCGCAUGCGCCCGCUGGGGCUGCCUGACCGCGCUCAGCAUCGUGCUGCCCUGCCUCCUGUGUUACUGGCCGUUUAAGGCGUGCAAAGCCGGCUACGAGUCGGUGCACAACCGGCUGACCAGCAACCGCGGCUGCCGCUGCCGGCCACCGCAGCCGCCGCUCCUCCCCGCGGCCGGCAACGCCCCCCUCCCGGCGGCCGCCAGCAACAAGGCGCUGCUUGACGGCAGCGCCGCCGACAAACGGCUGCUCGACUCGAGCCCCGAGUGUUGACCCCUGCCCUCCCUGCGCCCAACCCCCUUACAGCCCUUUGUUAGUGCUUUUGCGCGCGCAAAACGGACGCUCUCAAAACCGACAACUUAAAUUAUAUAUGAAAAUGAGAAUCGCGAUGAUGAUGAUAUGUAGAGACACACGAACACAUACGCAAACACUUACACGAACCCUGAAACAAAUAAUACACUUUCACGAACACACAACACGUGAACACACACACAAAAUCCAAACACACACACAAACACACAUUACACACCCACACGAAAACGGAACUGCUGCUACUCGAGUGUUUCGCGUCAACGUGCGUCGAUCAUAUAUUGUGUUAUCAGGGAUUUAAAACUGCUGAGAGAAAGAAACAAGUAAAAAGAUGAUCAAUUAAGCAAGCCAACCUACUCUUUUUUUCUUUCGUCGCCAAAAUCAAACACAUACACACUCGCGCGUUUGUUGUUGUUGAUUCCCGCCCAUUUCUUUACUUCUUCACGCUCUGAUGAUAAUUUUUUUGUCUAAAUGUAUCGAAUCUAUCCUAUCUUAUUGUGUUACGUAAUUAAAAGUACUACAGCAUUGUGCAUUUAAAAACCACAAACAAACACGCAAUCAACCAAUCAACCACUCUCGCCUGUAAACGCCAUUUCUGAUACGACCACUUUUUUACUGCUAUUUUGUUGAGUUGAUGAUAAUGAUGGUUAUUAUUAUUCUAUAUUGAUUGAAUUGUUACGAACGCGGGUGGCUCUCAUCAUUUUUUAAUGCGAACAUUAGAAUGCAAAGUACACAAGUCUCAAAAAGUCCUCUAUAUUUUUACUUAUUGUAAUAAACCUGCCUCUCAGAAGUCAAAUCAAAAGUAGCAGUUCUUUGUCCGCUUCUGACUAAUGCUGUUGAACAAACAAAAUAGAUGCCAAUUUUCUUCACGAACGGGCGGGCGGUUUCCACUGUCUCUGAUAUUUUGUCUGUGUUUAUCAAUCGCAGGCCGCCAGCAGCUCCCGAUCGAAAAUCGGAAAAGACGUCCCGCCGCGAACUGCUUGCUCCCCUUUCUACCCUUUUCUACGUAACUCUUCCCGCUCUUAUUUAAUUAAUGUGUAUUUAAAUUAUUAGCUGGUUGCAUUUUAGAAGUCUUCCUCGGUUUAGUAAUACGGAAAGUGCGAGCAACGAGUCUUGUUUUUAUUAAUUAUCGUAUGCUAGUCUUGUUAGACUUUAAAUACUACUGAAGCUCGAAGACUCCCAACCGCAACGUCUUAAACGUGGGCGGCGGCGCCGCGGGGCGCCCCCUCUUCCCUCUCACGGGGGCUGCUGCGUCCAGAGAAACAAAAAAUGAAAUGAAACUAUUGAAAAACGGACUUAUAUUGUCGGAUUAAUUAAUGCGUACGACGAAACAAAACACGAUGUCUAAAAAACGGAGAAAGCAAGCGGAAGCAAAAGUUGGUGUGCGUUAUUUAAAUUUGUAAAACACUCAGAUGAAAGAAAGCUAUUUUUUAUAUUCCCCCAGUAUUAUCUAGUCUGCGGCAAAAAAGUAUGAUUGUGUUAUUGCGGAAUGCCAGGUCUUUACUGUAUGUAUAUCUCAUUAAGAUGAUUUAAGCAAAGAUGAGGAGAACUAAGUAAGAGGAGAGUGGAAUAUAUAAAAAGCAGAUUUCUUGUGAACAUUCGUCUCCUUGACUGGUAAAACGAACAGCGGUUGUACACACUUUCUUUACGUCUUUCUUUUGUGUGCCCUCUCGGUGGAAAAAUAAAAGUCAGACGCAAUGAUAUAUCCGCAUUCUUUUCUGAAUUUCAUAUUUAUAUCACGCAAAUCACACGCUACAGACCGAGUGCCAGCUUUUUUUAAAUCGAAGCGCGCACCGAGAACCGAUAUUGAACAAGUGAAUUCAAAUAGAGAUGAAAAAUUGUUGCUUGUUGGAUUACUAUAUAUUUUUGACCUACUUGUUAUGAUACUCUCAUCUGCUCAUUGUCAUUCUCACAUUCACACACACACACUCUCAUUAUUUGUUGGCUAAAUGGUUAAUAAUCGUGCGAUUUCGACGAAACUAUUAAACAAAAAGGCAAAAAAGAAACGCCAAUUUCACAAAGAAGGAGAUGUAAUAUAGAGAUAUUAUUACCACUACUACUACCAACUACUACCCUAAUCAUUCAUACAUUAUUUUGUAACUUGUAAUGCGACAAGCUAUAGUUUCCCCUUGCUGCUAUUUUACCCUUCCAAACUCAACAACAACAACAUCAAAUUUGAAAGUGGACGAAAUUUCUUUUGAUUUUUGCUGUCACGAAUUGAGAGAGAGAUUGAUAACCCAAACGAAAAAUUACAAACGCAACUCGCCCGCCAGCUCUAUAUUUCUAUGAUGCGCAAAACGAUCGUGUUUUAUUGCUACACAAACACACACCACUGUGUAAUGUCAAAGGCAUGCUGCUUACAGAAGUCGUCAGAUUGUAAGAGAGAUGAUGAAAAAUGUAAUAAAUCUUUGUUUUACAAAACUGUACAUAAAUAAAAAAACAUUUAAUGUAAUAUUAAUUAUAAUAAUAACAAAGAUGAAAAUAA